UUCUCCCUUGGCGCCAAACGAUCAAGAACCAACAUUACAAUACAAGCAACCUCCACGCAUUCUCCGUCAACCACUGUGUCCAAGCCAUCAUCGCGUCCGUGCCGCUUCGUGUCCUCAGUCCCCCAUGGACUGCAGCGGCGGCGGUGGUGGCGACGACUGGUUCUGGGUGCGCCGGCUAGCCGAUGCGGAGGCCGUGGCAGCGGCUGCAAUGGCCCGGCGGCCCUCCACCGCGUGGGCAGAAGCGGAGGAGGAGGAAGAGCGGCCGCUGACGGUGGUCUUCGCGUCGCCGGCCGAAAACUUCACGGACGCGGCGCCGAUCGGGAAUGGCAGCCUCGGCGGCAUGGUGUGGGGCGGCGUCGCCACCGACAAGCUCCAGCUCAACCAUGACACCCUAUGGACAGGCGCGCCAGGGAGCUACACCGACCCGGACGCGCCGGCUGCUCUCGCGGCGGUGAGGGAGCUCGUCGACCAAGGCCGCUUCGCCGACGCCACUGCGGCGGCCACACGCCUCUUCGGUGGCCAAUCCGAGGUCUACCAACCUAUGGGUGAUGUAAACCUGGAGUUGGGCGGCUCCGGCUCCGACCAGCAGCCGGCGUACGAUUCCUACAAGAGGGAGCUGGAUUUACACACGGCGACAGUGCUCGUCACCUACAGCGUCGGCCCGGUGCAGUACACUCGGGAGCACUUCUGCUCGAACCCGCAUCAGGUCAUCAUCACCAGGAUCGCCGCGAGCGAGCCAGGGCACGUCUCCUGCACGCUGUCCCUGAGCAGCCAGCUCAAGAACACCGUCACUGUGACCAACGCUAAUCAAGUCGUCAUGGAGGGCGUCUGCCCACGACAGAGGCCUCCUGCUCCUCCUCGCCUGAUGCUGCUGAGGAAUAGCAGCUCCGGUGAUGACGACGACGAUUUAACAACAGGAGGCAUCAAGUUUGCGGCCGUUCUUGGCGUGCAGAUGGGUGGGGACAAAGCGAAAGCGGCAGUCCUGAAUGAUGAGAACAAGCUGAGCCUUGAGUCUGCAGACUGGAUCGUGCUGAUCGUUGCUGCUUCGUCCUCAUUCGAUGGUCCGUUUGUCAGCCCUUCAGACUCUAGGCUGGAUGAUCCCACGUCUGCAGCUGUGGCUACACUGAAUCGUGCUACAAGUCUGACAUAUGAACAGCUGAAAGCUGCUCAUUUGGAUGAUUACCAGCGCCUCUUUCACCGUGUUACCUUGCGGCUUUCGCCACCAGGAGGAGGAUUAUUGGAGGACGCACGCGGCGGCGGUUUGAUGAUGACGGGAGGAAAAGAGACAAUGUUGAAAAGAGGAGUUGGUGGUGAUGAAGGAAUCAUCAGAACUUCUGCAGACAGGGUGAAGAGUUUUGCUACUGAUGAGGAUCCUUCUCUCGUUGAACUGUUGUUCCAGUAUGGACGCUACCUUCUCAUUUCGUGCUCUAGGCCUGGGACUCAGGUAUCCAAUCUGCAAGGAAUCUGGAACCAAGAAGUUGCACCAGCAUGGGAUGCAGCUCCUCAUCUUAACAUAAAUCUACAGAUGAAUUACUGGCCAACGCUGCCUUGCAACCUUAGUGAAUGCCAGGAACCAUUAUUCGACUUCCUUCAAUCUCUUGCAGUAAAUGGUACCAAAACAGCGAAGGUCAAUUACCAAGCACGCGGAUGGGUAACACAUCAUGUGUCAGAUAUCUGGGCCAAGUCCUCAGCGUUUAUUAAGAAUCCUAAGCAUGCUGUGUGGCCAAUGGGAGGUGCUUGGCUUUGCACACAUCUAUGGGAGCAUUAUCAGUAUUCUCUUGACAAAGACUUUUUGGAGUAUACUGCAUAUCCAUUGCUGGAAGGCUGUGCUACUUUCCUGGUUGACUGGCUGAUUGAAGGACCUGGAGGCUUCCUACAAACCAAUCCCUCAACAUCUCCGGAGCAUGCUUUCACAGCUCCUGACGGUAAGCCAGCGAGUGUGAGCUAUUCAACAACAAUGGACAUCUCAAUUAUAAGGGAAGUUUCUUCAGCUGUCCUUCUGUCUGCAGAGAUCUUGGAGAAGUCUGAUACUGAUUUGGUUGAGAAGAUUAAGAAAGCUCUCCCAAGGCUCCCUCCCAUUCAGUUUGCAAGAGACAAUACUAUCAUGGAAUGGGCAUUAGAUUUCCAGGACCCAGAAGUCCAUCAUAGGCACUUGUCACAUCUAUUUGGACUUUACCCUGGACAUACUAUAACCAUGGAGAAUAAUCCUGAUGUCUGUGGAGCUGUUUCUAAUAGCCUUUAUAAAAGAGGCGAAGAUGGCCCAGGAUGGUCAACAACAUGGAAGAUGGCCCUCUGGGCACGUCUUAUGAACAGCGAGAAUGCAUACAGAAUGGUCCUGAAGUUGAUCACUUUGGUUCCCCCUGGUGAAAAGGUCCAAUUUGAAGGAGGACUGUACAACAAUCUAUGGACAGCGCAUCCACCAUUCCAGAUUGAUGCAAAUUUUGGGUUCACAGCUGCCAUUGCCGAGAUGCUGGUUCAGAGCACACAGACUGAUCUCUACCUGCUCCCUGCCCUGCCGCGCGAUAAGUGGCCCAGAGGCUGUGCCAAAGGGCUGAGGGCUCGAGGAGAUGUCACUGUAAACAUAUGCUGGGAUGAAGGGGAGCUUCAAGAAGCAAUGGUAUGGUCGAAAAAUAGGAACGCAGUUACAAGGCUGCACUACGGUGAACGCGUUACCUCUGUUAGUGUUCGCUGUGGUACUGUGUACAGGUUCAACAGGGGAUUGCAGUGCUUGGAGGCGUGGCCCCUCCCCAUCGGCAAAUAACUUUCACAAUUUACAUACAGUCAGUCCAAACAUCAGAUCAGAGUUGAUGAUAGCUAAUAAUACAUGUGCUUAUGCACCAAACUCCUCCAAAGCCUUGUUUAGUUCGCGAAAAUUUUUGGUUUU